AAGACAACUGGUACACUUUGAGUGUGAGAUUUCCCACUGACAUUCAAAGAUGAAUGUUGUUACAACAACUCUGCUUCUUCUGUUGAUGACUGCACUGAUUGCCAAUGGUUUCCCAAUGAACAGGAGCCAGCGUUGUCUUUGUAAGGGGAAGCCUAUAAAUGCUGUGAGGUGUACCAACAUUGAUAUGGUGCUUUGGCUGCCUGCCAGUCCAUCCUGUGAUAACACAGAGACUGUUGUGAAGCUGAAGACGGGAAGAAGAGUGUGCCUAAACCCUGCAUCAAGACAGGGCAAAAAAAUUCGGUCAUCAAACUGCCCCAACAAAUGGAUUUCUGUGCAAUGUAAAAGCUGAUGUGAAAAUUAACGUUUCUUUCAUAUCAUAAUAUCACAUUUCUUUAAUUUAUUAUGUAUCUAUUUGCUAUGAUAUUGUACACCUCAAUAAAUAU